UGACAAUUCUGGAUACAAGUUUCAUUUUAGAUAUUAAAGAUGAAAUAGCAGUUGUUUUGAGUGUGUGCUAUAGGUGGCUGAUAUCUCCAUAGCUGCUGCAUAUUAUCUAUUUCUUAUUAUAAAAUUAUCUGGAUACUGCUGUUGAACUAAAAAAACUUAAAUCUUGACUGUAAAGCAUAAUGCAAGUUCCUCAAUCUUUCUGGUUACAUUUUAUUUUAAUCUUUUGAGUUUCUUUUUCUCUAGGCAUGGGCCCAUUGUUCUUUGAAAUUCAUUGCAUAACCUCUCUGAAGCUAUCAACUUUCCAGGAUCAUAAAUACAUAUAUUAUACUUAUAAAAUGGUUUUAGGUUUUUUCAGUGUCCAUAGUGUCCAUCGGUUUGCAAUUAUCCUACAUACUUUUAUGGGGCAUAUGUCUGACGCUUAGUUUAGAGGCAUUGUUUCAAUUAGUGUAAAGAAAGAAAAACUUAGGCAUUCCUCACCUAGUCACCCUGAAAGUUUCUUAGGGCAUACAAAUGUUUUGUGAAAUUUCUAAAAAGUAUGGUAUAGCAAACUCACACUUAAGAUAAGUAAGAAAAAAGGAAUUCUUUUGUUAUGGGUUUUAUAUUAUUUAUUUUUUAAAACCCUAGUAAAUAGAACCCCAAGUCUCUAUCAUUCAUACCCGCACGCUGUUACGCAGCCAAUUGACCCCCUAAGAAGCAUGCAAUGCAAAAUUUGAAUGGUUACUAUAUGGCAGCAUCUUCAUCAUCAGUUGGGAGUUGAAUUGUAACAGUUGGUAUUUCAAAUUUUUGUUCUUCUAGUGGUUUUUAUUCUUUCAAAAAGGGUUUUGUAGAGUUCACGGUAUUUCAAUUAUGCUCUUAAUUCAGAAAAUUCGUAAACGUUGAGGUGUUUGGCAGGAGAGAAAUCUCUGGUUUCAUCUCCUUUUCUUCCUCAGCGAGACUACUCACAACCUGAAAAAUAUAUAUUUACGGUUUAUCACGGGCCAGUUAUUGGGUUUCAUAAAUGAAUUUGGCUUUGCCAAAUUUGGGACCAAAUUGGGUUGUUUUUAACAUGUCUCAUAGGGACUGAAUAUGAGAUUGCCAAUUUUGUGGUUUUAAUGGUUUUAGGCCUGAUCAGCACGCUCUGAGCUUUAAUAAUUCUUCUUAAUGACUAUGGUAACCUUUGGAAAAUGACUUAAAAAAACUUAAUUCACAUCUAAAAUGUUUUCCAGUUUCUCAACCAUAUUCACUCAGGCUUAUACCUACCCUACGAUCCAAUUAUAACCAUAACCCUAUACCUAUCACAAUCUUCAAAAUCAGCCCUUCCUCACUCCAUAAACCCCAAUCACGUAAUACCACCCAUAUUGAGUUUUCUUGGUCAAUGGAGCAUCAAAUCAUCAUUUAUGACAAGUCAGUGAGAAUGGAAAGUUCUAUGUGGCCGAACAACAAUUCAUUAAAUGUAGCCAUCUAUUGCUGCAGAGCACAUUUGGAGUGUAACCAGAAAUGGCUGCACACCAACAUGAAAGUGGAGCCAGGCGAAACUUCUUCUCGAGGUAGUGGGGUUGGCUCAGAAUGUGCAACGGACUACACAAGUGAAUUUACAACUAAUGAGGACGACAAUUCUGCCCGAGAUAGUGGGGUUAGCUCAGACUGUGUAAUGGAUUUCACAAGUGAAUUUACUACUUAUGUGAUAUUCAAGACUAGAGAGUCCUUGAUGCAGUGGGCUCGUGAGGCUGGGAAGCGAAAUGGGUUUGUUAUUGUGACAAUACGAUCUGAUAUGGGUAGUAAGAGUACGAAACCAAGAGUUACAUUAGGUUGCGAGAGGGGUGGAAGAUUUAAGGAGAAGAAAACUAGGGCUGCAAAAAAAAGACGUGGGACAGGCACAAAGAAGUGUGGGUGUCCUUUCACAUUGAAAGGGGAGAAGUCAGCGAAUGGGGACGGAUGGAUGCUAAAGGUUGUAUGCGGAGUGCAUAACCAUGCAUCCACUGAGUAUCCUGAUGGGCGUUCAUAUGCAGGGAGGUUAUCUGAGCAGGAGACUUCACUCUUGAUAGACUUGUCAAAGAGUUUAGUACGACCCAAAGAAAUCCUGAGCACUUUGAAGCAAAGGGAUGAACUCAAUGCUACAACCAUAAGGACGAUCUAUAAUGCACGCCAAAGGCAAAGAGUUAAAGAGAAGGCAGGGAGGUCUCAAAUGCAACAACUGUUAUGUAAGUUGAAUGAGCAUGACUAUGUCGAGUGGCAUAGGAGGUGCCCUAUGUCAGAUAGUGUGCAGGACUUGUUUUGGGCGCACCCUGUGAGUUUGGAGUUGUUACGUGCAUUUCCAACCAUUUUGAUGAUAGAUUGCACGUAUAAGACCAACAGGUACCAUUAUCCCUUACUAGAGGUUGUAGGCGUCACAUCCACUGAUAUUACAUUCUCAGUUGCAUUUGUUUUUUUGGAUUCUGAAAAAGAGGACAACUAUAUAUGGGCAUUAAGUAAAUUGCGUGGUGUCAUGGUGGAGUGUCCCAUGCCAAAUGUAAUUGUCACAGACAUGGAUUUGCCAUUGAUGAGAGCCAUUGAGGUAGUAUUCCCUACAGCUAAAAAUCUUUUAUGUAAAUGGCAUAUUAAUAAGCAUGUGUUGGCAAAAUGCAAAAACUUGUUUGAGUCCAAGGAAAUGUGUGAUAGAUUUAUUAUGAAGUGGAAUGUACUUGUGACCUCUCCUACAGAAAAUGAUUAUAUGUGGGAUCUAGCAGUGUUACAGAGAGAAUUUAGUAUGUACACUGAGGUCAUGGAGUAUGUUACAAACACCUGGUUGAAUCCUUUCAAGGAAAGAUUUGUGUCGGCUUGGACGGACAUGAUCAUGCAUUUUGGUAAUGUAACAUCAAACAGGGUCGAGGGUGUACAUACCAAGCUUAAGAGGGAGCUUGGUAUGAGCCAGGGGAAUUUUGAGGGUUCUUUUGAGAGGAUACACCCUCUUAUUGAGUUACAGCACAAUGACAUAAAGAUAUCUUUUGACAAGUGUUUGACGGUCACACAACAAAGCUUCAAGUCUUCAGAAUUCAAAUAUUUGAGAGGAGUUGUAUCUAUGUUUGCAUUGGAGAAGGUGUUAUCUCAGUCCAAACUAGCCAUCUCAAUUGGUGCUGGUGGUUUAGGAUGUGGUUGUGUCAUACCCAGAACCCAUGGUCUACCUUGUGCCCACGAGAUUGUGAAAUACAAGAGGGAGUGUCGGCCAAUUCCUCUUGAGUCGCUUGACCCCCAUUGGACUAAACUUGAUAUACUACCUCCGAGUUCUGCUCAGGAAUCUAUGGAUGUGAAUGAGUUUCCUGAGUUGGAGUUGCUUCAACGAUACUUUCUGGAGGCAAAUGCAGAAAAUAGGUUGAUGCUCAGGAAAAGAGUGAGAGAACUUGUAGCACCCUAUACAACUAGUCUUGUUGAACCAGGACUAGGAGUCAAGUCCAGAUUACAAGGUCAACUGAGGGAGAAAAUUGAUAUGUCCACUCAACAGGACCCAUAUGCAUUUGAGUUGAAAUCUGCAUUUUUGUAUAGUCACUCACCUAGCGCAAUGGAUGAUCAACAAAAUUUUAAACAUAAGCAAAUGGAGCGAACCAAGGAGGUGUACCGGACAUUAUCAAUGAAAGGUAUUUCGUAUAUUGAUGCGUUCCCAAUUGGAUUGAGGCCCUUCAUUCAGCAAGUCAAGGAUGUAUGUCAUGAUGGUCACUGCGGGUUUAGGGCAGUUGCUGAUUUGGUGGGAUUGGGUGAGAAUGGGUACCUGCAAGUUCGUAAUGACUUGCUUACUGAGUUGUCUUCAUAUUCUGCGCAUUAUGGCGAGUUGUAUUGCAGCACAGACAGGGUUCGUGAGUUAGCACAGAUACUAUCAUUCUUUGAUGAAGGUAGAGCACCAUUUGACAGAUGGAUGAUGAUGCCUGACAUGGGUCAUCUUAUAGCAUCAUGCUAUAAGGUUGUGCUUUUCCACUUAUCAUCUACUCAGUGCCUUACCUUCCUACCGCUUCGGUCAGCACCAGUUUCUUUGCCAAGGCGUCGACAGAUUGCUAUUGGUUUUAUGAAUGAUUGUCAUUGUGUGGAGGUGUUCUUAAGGCCGGGGCAUCCUGUGCCUCCCAUUGCGUCUGAUUGGAUCAGAUAUCAUACGCCAGCUGCACAAGGAUGGGACACUGUGUAUACUAGUUGUAUUUUACGCUUCAAAUCUCUUGUCAGCUGUGAUCAAAUCUGACUCGGUCAGGUGCAAGUAACGACUCCAAA